UCCUCAGGCUCCUGAGUUCAGCCACUAACUGCUCACCCUUCACUAAAGCUGAAAACUCAAAGCAAAAUAAACCAUGAGGCUGUUCCUGAGUGUCCUGCUGGUCACUCUGGCUUUUUGCUGCUAUGAGGCCAAUGCGUUGCCCUGUCCAGCCUUUGUUGCAGAUAUCUCAGGCUUUCUCCUGACACCUACAAGUGUCUUCAAGCUAUCACUUGCAAAAUAUGAAGCACCUCCAGAAAACGUUCAGGCCGUUUUGGAUGUGAAGAGUUGCACAGAUAACAUCUCCAAGUCCAGAAGAAAGGCACUUACACAAAUAUUGGGGAAAGUCACGGCAUCGUGUGUAAUUUAAAUCUUACAUCGUAGUACCUCUGUCUUGCAGUGAUUACCUGAUCUUCUGGAAAAUGUAAAGGUUUCAACAUCUUGCUUCAAUA